AUGGAAAAUUUAUUUCAUAAACAAAUUGAUAAUCACAUAUCCCUUAUCAAAGAUAAUAAUAUGAACAAACAAAAGUCUAAAAAAAAUAUAUAUAACAUAUCUAGCGAUACAACUUUUAAUGACACUAACCAACAUAAUGAUGAAGAAAAUUAUACUCAGGAAAAACAAGCCGAAAACUUAAGAAGCAAUAAUGAUGAUGAACAAAAGCAAACCAUAUCUUUACACACAUGUAGAAAUAACAAACAUGUUUAUAAUAUUAGAAAUGCUUCAUCCUUUAGUAAGCAUUCAAAAAGAUAUGACAGUGACAGCAAAAUAUACACAUGUAAAAAAAGUACCGAAUUUGAUGAAAAAAAAAAAAAAAAAAAAAAUAAAAAUAAAAAAAUAAAUAAUACACAAGAUGAAAGCCUACUUGAUAAAACAAUCACUACUAAUUCUAUACUAUCAGAAUAUGAAAAUAAUCAAAAUUGUUUUAUUAAAAAAAAUAAUGAAAUCUUUAAUUAUGAUACUAACGAUACCCAUGAUUAUAGUCAAACAUCAAAAAAUAAAUUAGACACAAUUGUGUAUAAAAAAAAAAUGAAACAAGUUAAUAAAAUAUUAUACAAUUUAAAUUAUUUUACUCAAUUUAAAAGUUUAAAUUUAAAAAAUUCAAUGAAAAAAAAAUCACACACAAAAAUAUAUAUAAAAAAAAACACAACUAAAGGACAAGAUAUUCAUAAUGACAAUAAUGAUUCUUCUAAUUUUCUAACCUUAAAUGAAUUUUCAAAAUUUAAAACACCAAAUAAUAUUUUAGAAAAUAAUAAUAAAAAUAAAAAGUCUAUACUUGAACAAGUAAAAGAUAACAACCUUAUAAAUGAUAAUUUUAUGGAUAUUAAAAAUAACACCGAAAGUACAAAUAUAUCAAAAAAUUCUCAUACUCAUAAUGAAAAUAGUAUACAUAAAAAUAAUAAAUAUAACCUUAAUGAACAUCAAAAUAAUAACCAAAAUCACUAUAAUAAUAAUACAUGCGAAAAUUUUACUUUUUUGGAGAAAUGUAAUGACAAUUAUUAUAAACCUGAAAUUGUCAACUUUACAAAUAUUCAAAAAAAAAAAAUACAUAAUGAUAAAUAUUUCAAGUCUCUUCUUCAUAUUGGAUUAAAAGGUCUUUUAAAUAAAAAAAGACAAAAAAAAAAAAAAGAAAUAAAAAAAAAGGGUGAAAAUACUAACUAUGAACAUGCACAAAAUAACACUGAUAAUGAAACAGGCUUGAAACAAAAUGGUGAAGAAAUAAAUUUAACUGUUCAAAAAAACAUUUCUAAUAUCCAUAAUGACAUAAUUAAUAAGAACAAAAAACAUGGCAAAAAUAAUGAUAAUACCUUAAUUUAUAAUAAUAGCGAAAAUGCUACAUGUCAAAAUAAAAUUAUUAACUGUUCAGAAAAAAAUAAUAAUGUUAAUAAUAUUACGACCAAAUCAUUUCUUUCAGAUCAUAGUACUUCCCCAAGUAACAAUUUUAUUUUUCCACCACAUAAAAAUUAUAAAUAUCGCAUGAACAAUAGUAUUAAAAAUGUAUUGGAUACAAAUCAAAAAAAAAAAAAUCCUGCAAAUAUUAAUGAAAAUAGUUUUACUUCAUUACAUUCCACUAUCUCUAAUAACACAUACACACAAAAUGCCAAAAAGAAAUUCCCACGAACAAAAAAAUUAUUUAAUUCCGAUGGUCACCAUAAUGGUAUUAGUAGUAAUUACACAGAAAAUGAAAAUUUUCUAGCCAAUAAUAAGGAGGAUUUAUUUUUUUCUGAACAAAAAGAAAAUACGUCCCUUAAUUUAACUCAUCCUAUAAAUCCGUCAAAUAUUCAACAAAAUGAUGAAACAAAUAAUAACAUCAUGAGAAGAAAGAAACGACGACGAAGGAAGAAACAAAAACAAAGGAGAGAAAAAAUAAAUAAAAUUGAAGAAACAUUAGAACAAGAAAAAGAAAAUUAUGACAAUGAAACGAACAAAAUAGCUAGUUCGACAAUAAAUUUACCUGAACAUGAUAAGAUAAAAAAAAAACACACACAACUUACUAAUUUUGAAAAGGUAAAUAAUGAAAAAAUUUCAAAAAAAAAUAAACAGCUUCACAAAAAUGACCACACAAUCAUGGGAAAAGACGAAUAUACAAAUUUAAAAACAAAUAAAUUUGACACAUGUAAUAAUUCUAAUAAUGAGGAUACAAUUAUAGAACCAUUCCAAAUUCAAAAAAAUGAAACAAACAAAUGUGACGAUAAAAAUAAUCGAUCUAACAGUAACCCAAAUAGCCAAAAAAAAAAAAAAAAAAAUAUCCAAAAUAAAAAAAAAAAAAACAGCCAAAAUAAUACAACAUCCAUUACUAGUGUAAAAAUUCAGAGAAAUAAAGAUCAUGAAGAUGGGAAAUUCCAUGAAGGAUAUCCUCAAUACAUAAACAAAUGCGAAAAUAAUUUUAUUAUUCCAAAUCCAAACUUUUCGCCAGAUUAUUUAUACAAUAAUUAUUUAAAUAACAUAUUUUGUGUGCAAAAUUCUAAUAGGAAAUAUUUGAGCGACCAAAAUGAAGUAGCUAUAGAAAAACAUAAAAUGAAUAUACCGUAUUUUAAUCAUAGCUUAGGGCCCAAUUAUUAUAUUAACAAUAUUAUUCCUAUCCCCUUUAGUAAUGUUCCAUCAACUCAUGUUCUAAGAAAUAAUCAAAAUUAUGACGCCGUUUUUAAUAACACUAUAAAUCCAAAUAAUUUAUAUUACCUGGAUAGGUGGGGAAAUCAAAUUUUUCUUAACUCCCCAAAUGGGAUACUACAUAAUUAUUCAAAACAUUUUUAUAAUAAUAAAAAUAAAAUUUUAAAAAAGCAAAUUCCUAAUUCCAUUGAUUUUGCUAAUUAUUGUCUAUAUGAUAGGCAAUAUUUCGAUAAAUAUUAUAUGAGCUCAUUUAAUCCAAAGGAAAAUUAUAAAAUUAAAGGAAAUUUUUAUAAUGAAUUUAAUCCGAUCAUAAAUAAUGCAUUUCGAAAUCCAAACAAUAUUAACAAUGCUGAUCCGAAUUCAAAUUUGAAUGAAUAUUUUAUCAACCUAUAUAAACAUAACUAUGGUCAUCAAAAUGGUGGUAGUAAAAAUGAAAAAAAAAAUAAAUUAUCGAAAAAAUAUAAAAAAAAAGAAUUUCAAGACUUACCAUUACACUUUCCAAAUUUUAUAAAUAACAAAAUAAAGAAUAAAUCAGGAAAUAAAAAUAAAUCCUCUUACAAUGUUGAUACAAAUAAUGAAAAAUGUACUGAAGUUUCUAAUACACAUCAAUCCAAAUUUUCAUUUAUACCCAGCUAUAAUAUGCCACCCUUUCCGUAUACAAAUCAUUUAUUAUAUCCUAUUAAUUUUAUUUAUAACACUCAUCCCUACAAUGCCUAUCCACACUUUGUCACUUUGCAGCAUUAUAUGAAUUUUUUUCAAAACACAAAUAUAAAUUUGCAAUACCCCCUUUAUUAUAAAUACAAUAAACAAAACGAAGCUCCUGAUUUAGAAAAAAAUAAUGUUGAACCAGAAGCAGAAACAAAAAAUGGUUAUCCAUAUGAAACUAUAAAAAAAGAUUACCCAAAAAUAAAUAAAAAAAAUAAUAAAAAAGUUGACCUUCCUAAUAAUGCUUAUUAUGAAAAAGAAAAAAAUAAACACAUAGACAAUCACACACAACAAAAUAUUUUCAACUAUAUAGAACCAAAAUCUGAUAUUUCAAACUUAUUUAACAAAAUAAAUUUUUAUUCAAAUAAUAUUUUUAAUAAAAAUAUAAAAACUAUCCAUAAUAAUUGUAUUGACAAAAUUAGAUCAAUAAGUUUAAUGUGUGAAAAAAAAAAUAAUAAAAUAAAAAACGCUAGUAGAUCUAUUUCUAUAAUUCCACUUAUUAACCAUAAUAAUUCUACAACAAAUCAAUUAAUGCUAGCCAAUUACAUAAUAAGUAAAGAACAUAAAAUGAAUGAAAAUAUACCACCAUUUGAUAUACCUUUGAUAAGGCAUGAUAAAUUAUUUAUAUUUAAUUUGUUGAAAAAAACGGAAAAUAAUUUAGUAAACAUAUUAAAUUUAGUUAAACCUACUAAAGAUGUUAUAUUAAUAAAAAAAUUAUUUUUUUUAUCAUUAUUAAAAUUAAUAAAACAAUUAUUUCAUUCUAAUAUUCAUAUAUAUAUAGUUGGAUCAAGUGCAUAUGGUAUCGACUCAAAAUCAAGCGACCUAGAUAUCGUCGUUCAAACAAAUGAGUUUCCUAGUAAAUUCAUUCUACACACGUUAUACUAUUCUAUAAAUAAAAUAAAAAAUGAAAAAAAUGCCAUAUCACCUAAUAAUUCUAACUGCCCAUAUAAUAUUAAUAAUACAAGGUUUGAAGAAAAUGAAUAUACCUUUUUUAAAGAUGUUGAAAUGCAACUUAUCGAUUCAGCAAGAGUACCUAUACUCACACUUAAAAAAAAUAAUGUAGCAUGUGAUUUAUCAGUAAAUACAACUAAUUCAAUAAAACAUACUGAAUUUUUUUUAAAUAUAAUGAAAUGCUAUCCGAAUUUAAAAAAUCUCAUGAAACUUCUAAAACUUCUAUUAAAAAAUAGAACAAUCCCAUCCAUGAAACAAGGUGGAUUACCAACUAUUGUAUGGAUGAUGCUUUCUAUACGUUAUUGUAAAUUUACUGAAAACCAAAUUUUAAACUAUACAAACAAACAUCAUUUUUAUUAUCCUGACCAAACUAAUUCGAAAAAUAAUUAUGAUCUAAAAGAAUUAAAUAAAGAAAAAAACAAAACAUUUAUCUUUCCUCCAAAUGAAUCUGACAAUCUCAUAACUCACCAAAUCCCCACUACACACCCUCAGAAAAAUAACACACAUAUUGAAAGUAAAAUAAAUAAAGAAGAAAAUGAUCAAACAUAUUCACAAAUUUCUAAACAAAACAUAUACAACAAUUCUAACACAGAUACUAAUGACACUCAAUUUAUUCGUAAUUCAAGUUUAUUCAACUUAAAAAAUGAAAAAGCUAGUUACAAUACACUUAAUGACAAAUUUUUGGAUUUAUCAUAUAAUUAUAUUCAUAAAUUUUUUUCAAAAACCUGGUUCAACGAGCAGACUCCUAAAUCGUGCUUAAAACAUUAUUACCAAAUACACCCACAAAAUACUGAACAUACUGAGCAUGUUGAAAGUCCAAACUUUUUCACAAUAUGCUCUCAAAACUCAGAUUGCUCUCUAAUCAAUGUACCAAAAACAAAAAAAAAAUCAAAGACACACAAUAGUGUAAAACUUAAAAAGGAUGAAAAAGCUAGAAAUGACAAAAUAAAUUCUCUAAAAAUUUUACAUAAAAAUAGUAAAAAAAUUGCAAAAUAUCAUAAUAUAAUAUAUAGUAGCAAAAGUAAAAAAAAACAAUCAUCUUUAAAAACAAACAACUAUUUAUAUAAUUUUCAACAUGAUAUAGAAGAAGAAAUUAAUGAAGAAUAUCUUUUAUAUGCAUCCCCUCUUUUAUAUUCAUUAUUUAUUUUUUAUAAUGCAAUAAAUUCGAGAAAAAAAUUAAUGAAAAUUAUUAAUAUAAUUGAUAAAGAUAGAUGUUAUAAAAAAAAUAUUUAUGAAACAAAUAAAAAACUUUUAUCAUCUGCAUGUCAUGGAGGUGUAUGGGAUGAAUUACUCACUCUUUAUGAUCCUAUAUAUAGUUUUAAUUAUGAUAUUUUUUUCAAUAAACCAAACCAUUUAUAUCCCUAUUUAAUGCACCCAAAUCCUAACGGCCCAACUUAUAGACCACGUGCUAGAAGCACUUCCAACUAUCACACCCCAAAUAUAAAUGGAAGAAAAAUCGAAAGCGAGUUUGAAUUAAAAAAUUACCAUAAACUCACUGAUUUAUCAUCUAAAGGUUUUAUUUAUCAAACAAAAGAAGAAGAAAAAAACAAUGAUCAACUUCGAACACCAUUUCAAAUAAAUUCAUCCAAAUUAUUAACCCAAACACCAAGGCAAUAUUCAGGUCGAAGCUCCAGCCAACAUUUGAGAAAACCCCGAGAUUAUCACCCUGAACUUUACCAUAAUUUAAAUGACCAAAUAAAAAAUGAUGCUAAACAUAAUAAAUCAAUAAAAAAUUUGGAUAUUUUAUGUUCUUACAACUCUAUAGAUAAAAAUAAUGAAUCCGAAAUAACUACAAUAAAGGAUGAUUUAGAAAACAAUUCGAGCGACAAAACAAAUGUAAAUAAUCAUGAUGCUUAUUCUAUUGAAAAUUAUAAUAAUAAAUGUGAUAUAAAAUGUGAAAAUUCUUCAUAUAUACAAAAACAAUACAAUGAAAAUUUGUGUGCACCUUUAAACGGAUGUAGUGACCAACCUGAAACCAAUCAUCAAAAUAAACCUGCACAUGCAAGAAAAAUACCGGAAAUGAUAAAUAAUGUUCAUAAAAAUGGAUGGAAAAAUGACUGGGAAAAUGAAUGCAAUUUAAAUGAACUUACAUGGGCACAACAUUAUAACAAUAUAUAUAAUCAAACUUCUCAAAUUUGGAAUAACUAUAAAAAUAAUCCUUUUGAAAAAUUGCAUGAACACAAUAUUGAUUUAACAAGCAAAGCAAGUAGUGCAACUUGGUUAGUUUAUUUAUAUGAAUUAAAACGAGCUAGCUUUUUUAUUAACUAUUAUAUUCACCACAUGCACAUGCUCAUGUCAUUUAAAAAGUUACUCACUAAAUUCGAACAAAAUUAUGACCAAAAUAUCAAAAAAAAAUAUGACCAAAAUUUCGAGCUAUUCCAAAACAACAAAUGGAUUGUUCUAAAGAGGGAAGACAUUUGGAAGGAAGAUGAACAAACAGCCAAAUUACUAUCCCAAAAAAAAAAUUCUGACUUAGAAAAUCAUACCGUACUAAAUAAUGGUGAACAUGGUCAUGUAAAAUUAAAAGAAGACCCAAAAUAUUCUGAACAAGACAGGAAAAAUAUAUCAAAAGAAAUAAUAUGUUCUCAAAAUUUUGAUGAAAAAAUAUAUAUAAAAAAACAUCUAAAGAAGCAAAAAAAACAAAAAAAAAUUAUAGAACUUAUAAAAAAUAUGAAACAAAUUUUAAAAUCAAUAGUUCAAAAUUUAAAUUAUUCUAUAAUUAGUUUAUUUGAAAAAACAAAAGGUGAUAUAUACACAUUACCUUACCGUUUAAAUUCAGAGGAAAAUACCAAAGAUAAUGAAAAUAAAAAAUGUAUGGAAUUAAAUAUUUACUCUAAUAUAACCCAAGCAGAGAAUGAACCAGCUCUUGAUAACGAUUUCUCUAACUGUCUCAUUAAAAAUUAUAAAAAAUUAUAUGAUCAAAAUAAUAAUGAUGAUACUAUGAUUAAUGCAUUUGGGUUAGUAUUAAUUGAAGGUAAACUUAUUUUUGUUAAAUUUUUAAAUGUAUGUAUUGAUAAACAAAAUUUUUGGAAUGAAAUGUUUUUAUGUAGAAGAGAUAUAAAAACAGUUAUGCAUGUAAAACCAAUGGAUGUUAUUUUUGUUUCAAAAAAAAAAAAAUUAUAUACAAACACUUCUAAAGCAAGUUCUCCUAAAACCAAAGAAAGGAAUCAAAGCAAUGAUCACCCAAUAUCUUGUUCAGAAAAAAAUAAUAAAUCAGAUCGAGUGGUUGAAAACAAUUUAGACUCAAAUAUUCCUUCUACAAAUUUAAUCGAAACAGAUAAACAAAUCACAAACGAACAUAUUUACCAUCAAGUAAUAUCUGAAGAAACGACUAGCGAAACUAUUUCUAGUGAGUCCAAUGCAAAAAAAAAAAAAAAAAAUAAAACCAUUCCCUCAUCUUUAAAUCAUGAUAAAAUAUCCUAUGAAAACAAUUUAAUUGGGGACGAUAAAUCAAUAGCAUCACAAUAUGAAACACACAAUCAAACUGAAACUUAUUCAAAAUACACAUUGAAAACAUAUGAUCAAUCUAAAGAAAAUGAAAAUGACGACGAAGAAGAAGAAGAUGAUGAAACGGCAGGAAGCGCAGAUACUGAACAAGUUAUAAAAGACAAAAUUAAAAACUGGGAUUUUAAAAAACAAAAACGAAUACAUAAAUCCAGUAAUUUUAUUUAUAACGCUAAAAAUAAUUAUAUUGGUAUUUUAAUAAAUCAAAAUAAAUAUAGAAAUGAUCUCUUUGAAAAAUAUACAAACUCUGAAACUGGAUCAGAUAAAGAAAACAUAAAAAUUCAAAAAAAAAAACAAACACAAGAAAAUGGGGAUAGUUCCAUAUGUGCUAAUGUUUGUCAAGAUAGUAGUAAAGACAAUGUUCUUCUUGUAAACCCAUGUAAUUUUGUCACACGGAUAAAUGUUAAAACUGUUUAUGUUUCUAGUAGACAUAUUACUAAUCACGAUUUAAAAAAUGCCAUAUUUGAAAAAACAAAUUUUAAAGAAAAUGAUAUUAAUGAAAAUAUUAAAAAAAAACAAAAAAAAAUUAAUUCAAACAACAUUCAACAUAAUGAACAACCAAAUGAUGAUAUAUAUUCCAUACAAAUUAUUCCAAGACAUGAAAUAAUGAGAUAUAAAGAAUUAAUAAAAAUUAUGAAAAAUUGCCCAUAUUAUUAUAAAAUUGCAAAAAACAUUUCCAAUAUUACUAAAACUCCUCUUCAACAACCUGUAUCUGUUUGUAAUUUUUGUUCAACAAAAGGAACAUUUAAUAUAAGCACAAAUCAUUUUAUGCUCACCAAUAUUUAUGAAGAUGUCAGAACAGAACUAGCCACAAUUAUAUCUGACAUCAUCAUGAAACGAAAAAAAAACGACCCAACAAAAAAAAAUCUUAGUAUAAGUAAUAACAACAAAACUGAAACCAUAAACCCUUAA